UUUUCUGCACUCUGCUUUGUCAGCAAGGACUAAUAAAAAAGAGGCAGAGAUUCACCAGCCUUUUAAAACCGUGGAUAUGGCAAACAUGUUUCCAUUCUCAGAUAGGCAGGCCAAGGAACCAGCUAAUGUCCAGGACCUGAGUGAGCCUCUUAUUGACCAAUCAGAGGGCCAACUCUUCUUGACAGAAACUUUCAAAAUUAUUAUGGAGGAGGUGCUCUGCAAGGGCACAGACGUCAAAGAGAAGGUUUGUGAGUGGAAGGAGCCAGAGGAGCUGGCUCUGCUGCUGGAUCUGGAGCUGAGGGCCACAGGGGAGCCCCAGCACAGGCUCCUACAGAGAGUAAAAGAUGUCGCCAAGUACAGCAUCAAGACAAGUCACCCACGUUUUUUCAAUCAGCAGUUUGCUGGAGUAGACUACCAUUCUUUGGCUGGACGAUUUCUCACUGAGGCUCUCAACACUAACCUCUUCACCUAUGAGGUGGCCCCCGUGUUUGUGCUGAUGGAGACUGAGGUUCUGAGAGGGCUGCGUCAGCUGGUGGGCUGGACAGAGGGGGAUGGUAUUUUCUGCCCUGGGGGGUCUACCUCUAACAUGUAUGCCAUGAAUCUUGCACGCUACCGACUCUUCCCAGAGGUCAAAAGCCAGGGGCUGUGGGGUCUCCCACGACUAACCAUCUUUACAUCUCCAGAGAGCCAUUACUCUGUGAAGAAAGGGGCUGCAUUUCUGGGUUUUGGGACAGACAGCGUCAUUUUGGUGAAAGUGGAUGAUGGAGGGCGUAUGAUUCCAGAUGACCUGGAUGAAAAGAUAAAGCUGGCAAAAUCUCAGGGUGCAGCGCCAUUCCUUGUAAGCUGCACAUCAGGAACCACGGUUCGGGGGGCCUUUGACCCAUUGGACCACAUAGCUGAUGUCUGUGAGAAACACAAGCUCUGGAUGCACGUAGACGCUGCCUGGGGAGGGAGUGUGCUCUUUUCAAAGCAACACAGACAUCUGAUGAAAGGGAUUGACAGAGCAAAUUCAGUAGCCUGGAAUCCGCAUAAGAUGCUGGUGGCUGGCCUGCAGUGUUCUGCCUUGCUGCUGAAGGAUACUACGAACUUGUUGAGGCAGUGCCACAGCGCCAAUGCCACAUACCUCUUCCAGCAAGACAAAUUCUACAAUGUCAGUCUGGACAUUGGGGAUAAGUCUGUGCAGUGCAGCCGCAAGGUGGACUGUCUGAAGUUGUGGUUGAUGUGGAAAGCUGUUGGCUCUGAUGGCCUGGCAGAGCGUAUAGACAAAGCUUUUAUCCAUGUAAGGUAUCUGGUGGAGCAGAUGAAGAAAAGAGAAGGGUUCCAUCUUUUGGGUGAACCAGAGUUUGUGAAUGUAUGCUUCUGGUAUAUACCACCCAGUUUGAGGGGGAAGGAAGGAAAUGCAGAUUACCAGGACAGGCUGGCAAAAGUUGCUCCAGUCAUCAAGGAACGCAUGAUGAAACAAGGCACAAUGAUGGUCGGCUACCAACCUCUGGGAAACAGGGUCAACUUUUUCCGUGUGAUUGUGUUCUCUCCCCUUGUUUCCCAGAAAGACAUGGACUUCUUUGUCAAUGAAAUUGAAAGACUGGGAAAUGAUUUGUGACCGAACUCACACCUUAUCAGAUGUGAACCUCUUGUCCAUCUAGAAUAGGAUGUUGUGCCCAAAGCCUGCCAUUGUAAAGUCACAAAUGAUAACAAAGUUGCUGUCACAAAGAAGGUAAUAGACUAUGAGUUUUGAAAACCAUCGUACAAAAUAUUAAUAAAAAAUGAAUG